AUGGAGAUCACCAGCGGCCCCUCCAUGAGCUGCCAAUCUUUCCUCCCUGUCUCCCUUCACCCAGCCGAGGCAGAAGAUUUUGCCUCACCGCUCUGCUCGUUUGACUCUCAGGAGGCAUGUGAAGAACACAAAGAGAGCCUGUCCAUGUUCUGUUUGGAUGACCUGAAGCCUUUAUGUGAACGCUGUGCAGCUGUGAGCCAUGCAGGACACAGAGUUUACCUCCUGACUGAGGCUGCUACUGACUGCAAGGAGGAGCUCAAAACAUCACUAAAUGGACUGAAGAAGAAGAGGAUGCAAUUUGAGAAAGUCACACAAAACUGUGAACAUGCAUCCAGACAUAACCAGGCUGAGGUCAAACUCACAGAGGAGGUCAUGAAGAAGGAGUUUGAGAGUCUUCACCAGUUUUUGAGAGAACAGGAAUCAGCCAGGCUGCUCGCCCUCAGGGAGGAACAAGAGGAGAAGAAGAGAGAGGCAGAAAAAAAGAUAGACGAAAUGGAUCAGCUGAUACAAUCUCUGGAGGAGAAGAUACAACUGGUUAAAGAGGAACUAGAUGCAGGAGGAGAAGGGGCUGGAUUUCUACAGCAAUACCAAGAAACAACUAAUAGUACCUGCACAGGUGACACGGAGCCACAGAAGGUUUGCAGACCUCUGAUAGAUGUGGCCAAACACCUAGGGAACCUCCAGUUUGCUGAAUGGGAGAAGAUGAAACACAUCGCCCCAUACACGCCUGUGACCCUUGACCCCAGGACAGCAGGCCAGACUCUGAGGGUGUCCCCUGGGUUAAACAGUGUCCAUUUAACCCCUGGAGCCUUACAGUGUCUGGAUGCCCAGGGUGACCCUGAACUUUCCCACCCCUAUUCCUGCAUCAUGGCGAGAGAGGGCUUUGACUCAGGAGUGCACUGUUGGGAUAUUGAGGUUGGUGACACUAACAGCUGGGCAGUCGGUGUGGCUGCUCACUCAGUGUCCACAGGUGCAGAGUUAAUAGCCUGUCCAGAGGCAGGACUAUGGUGUAUCAGCCUGCGAGAAGGCGAGUACCUGGCUCUGACCGCUCCCGCUCAGAAACUAAACUCACAACACCUCUCCAAGCUCCGUGUGAGGCUGGACUGGGAUGAAGGGACGCUCGAAUUCUUGAACGCUGAUACUGAAACACAUAUUUUCACGUUUAAACAUCACUUCACUGAGAAGGUGUAUCCAUACUUUGAGAGUACAUCGUUGUGUGGUAGCUUUACUGUGUUGGCACAGAGAGUGAAGGUCAGGCUGGGGUCAGAUAAUGUCCCUGUAGAGGACAAUGCUAUCCCUGAGGAGGAUCGGAUGACAAAAAGUUGUUCCUGCAAUCAGGGAGAUAUUAACGCUCUUUCAACAAAAUGCAACGGCAAGCAGUGCGAACAUCUGAAUGAAGACAAGCAAACCAAACUUCAGAGAAGCACCUUGAAGAACUGUAUCAUUAAAACAAAACCCGCUGAGCAAAAGUCAAAAGAUAACAAAGCCGCGUUCAAAAAACAGAGCAGCAAGUCCAGGUUCAGUGUGACCUACCAUGUGUCACUGAACAGAGCCCUAAACAUCAUCAACAGUGAGUCUGACAGUCACAAACAAAUCCAUAUGAAUCAUAUUGAUCAUACGGUUAAUCCUGCAUGAGAGCCCACAGCCAUGAUGAACUACAAUGCCAUCGUUAACAUUCGUACUAAUGUUAUUCUUAGUUUUAAGUUA